GACGUCAUCAGAACAGCAUCCCUCACGUCAUUGGCUGUGAGAGUCAUGCCAAAGUCACGUGACCGUAAAUCUAAUCAGGCAGCAUGGUGAGCAGAUCGCGCCAUCACCUGACCGCCGCCACGCUGCCGCCCCGCCCCGCUUUGCUGUGUUGUUGUUGUCUCCUCCACAUUGUCUCCUCCACCGGACCGUCACCCCCCCGUCUGUGGAGUCUCCCCCGGCCGUCGACAUGUCCUCGCUGCCGAAGCCCUUCUCGGUCUGUGAGGGCCCCUGUGAGACCUGCGCUGCCCGGAGACAAGGCCUGAGCUCGGCUCUGUGUCAGCGGCUCCAGCCCCCGCUGAUGACUGCCGCCUCCUCCUCCUCCUCCUCCGCCGCCGGGUUGGUCUCGUUGAGGGAGCACCGGAGGUUGUGCGAGGGUAGGAGGAACCUGGCGGCGGCUGCGAUCGGAGGGAGGAAAAUCACUCAUCCCGGAAAGGCUAUCCUUGCAGGUGGCAUAGCAGGAGCAAUAGAGAUCUGCAUCACCUUCCCCACAGAGUAUGUGAAGACCCAGCUGCAGCUGGACGAGCGAGCCAACCCCCCACGAUACAGAGGGAUCGGGGACUGUGUCAGGCUGACUGUGCAGGAUCACGGGCUCAGAGGGCUGUACCGCGGCCUCAGCUCCCUGCUUUAUGGCUCCAUACCCAAAUCUGCAGUCAGAUUCGGCACGUUUGAAAUGCUCAGUAAUCCGAUGCGAGAUCACACGGGUCGGCUCGACAACAAACGCAGCCUCCUGUGCGGUUUGGGAGCCGGGAUAGCGGAGGCUGUGCUGAUCGUCUGCCCCAUGGAGACCCUGAAGGUGAAGCUCAUUCAUGACCAGUGUUCCCUCCGACCUCGCUACCGAGGCUUCUUCCAUGGAGUCAGCGAGAUUAUCAGGGAACAGGGUUUGAGGGGAACAUAUCAAGGCUUGACACCCACUGUGCUUAAACAAGGAACCAACCAGGCCAUCCGAUUCUAUGUCAUGAACGCUUUGAGGAACUGGUACAAUGGUGACGAACCUCGACGAGAAAUGCACCCGAUCGUCACGGCCAUGUUUGGAGCCACAGCAGGAGCAGCCAGCGUCUUUGGAAACACGCCUCUAGACGUCGUCAAGACCAGGAUGCAGGGUUUGGAUGCCUAUCGUUACAAAAACACGCUGGACUGUGCCUUCCAAAUCUUGAAGCACGAGGGGCCGCAGGCGUUCUACAAAGGCACGGUUCCCAGGCUGGGCCGCGUGUGCCUGGACGUGGCCAUAGUCUUUGUCAUUUACGAGGAGGUGGUCAAACUGCUCAACGGCGUGUGGAAAACGCAGUGAAUGUGACGAGGGGGUCCGGGAGGAAGCGCGGACCGGCGCCUCUUGCUACGCACAACGCAAACACCUCUGUUCCAGUUCCGUUUGGCUGUCUGGAUUCUCCUGGGCAGAUGAUGCGCCAUCCUGGCCAGUGUCCACGCCGUUUGUCAACAUAUUUGGUUACCUAGAUUCACUCUACACACAGCAAUGGAGAGGAAAGUGUCGUUGUAUACUGAAGGACAGCAAGGCGCCACUGAGUGAAGUAGAAAGAUGUGCUUAAAUGAAGGGUUGAAUGACUAAAGGCUCAAAGCAAGAGACGAAAGAUUAAAUGGCGCAUUAUGUGUGACUGUUCUUGACAUUCUUGACACGGAACGAACACUUUGUACUAAAACCAAAAGAGUGUCUUGAUUCACUGAGUACUUACCAUAUACUGUGCUAUGACUGGACCUGAGCAAGCUUUUUUGAACCAUUGUAACCGAUCUGCUCAGCUCCUGGCUUUGCUCGUGGUGCCCUCAUGCUCGCACAGUAAUCCCUUCGCGGUGUCCAGGGGACAACGUUCGUUGUGCAUUUUAGGCCCGGUGCUGACCACAGUGCGUCGUUUGCAUGAACAUUGUUCGUCUCCAACAGCGACUCGCAGCCCUGCUGAGGAUACGCAGGCAGGUUUCAGAUGUGCCGACUUGUCAGUGUGUUGGUUUAUAAUGGAAAAUAUGUUGGUACUUCUCUCUUGUUUCAUCAACGUUGCCUGAAUAAUGUUUUUUUUUGUUGUUGUUUUUUUACCUCGGUUUGAUCUUCCACAUAGACUUUGUUUUACACUGACAAAUGCUAAAUAGCCAACUUAGUAUGUAGGAUCUUAAUUUUAUGCACCACAAGGGAAGAGGUUUGCAUCACACUUGUUGAAGGCCCUUUGGUCUGAUGGGUGAGAAGUCUCAAAGCAAAAAGUCUGUCUUGAGUGAUCUAGUGAUUCCUAAAAGCCUUGAACAGAAGCCUUUUAGGUAUUUUGAUGCCAAAACCACGUCACUGGGUUUCCACACAUACUAGAAAAGUACAAAGGCACAAAUAUUGUAUGGAAAGAUGGAUUUUUUUUCCCCGACUUCAUUUUUGCUUCUAAUCUACAAAUAUAAUGUCUUAGUUGCUACCAUUCUUUUUUUUCUUUGUGUCCUUUCCUGUAUUCUUCCUGGUCUUCCCUUUCUUACUUCCUUCUGUUCUUGUAUACAUCCUUGUGUCCUUUUUUCAAAACCUCUGUCCUUCCUAGUUGUCCUACUUCCUUUCAUCUGUCCUCCUUUCCACUCAGAUGUCCUGCUUCCUUUCUUGAAUUCUUCUAGCUUUGCACCCUGGUGUCUUACCUCCAUUCCCUUGUUUUCUACCUUCCCUCCGUUGCUGUGUCCUUUCUUUCUGUCUUUUUGAUCCUCCCAGUUUCUUGUUUUGUUUCGCCCAGAUUACAUGUUGAAAGUCUCUCCACUACCGGGCCACUUGACAGCUAUUUGUGGUGACCUUUAGCAUUUCAUUUUAAGGUGUCUGGGAAAUGGAAUUUUUACACGAGAAAUGUGUGCAAACCCUGACAUCCCCUAACCUGACCCUAGCCAGAUGUAUUUCGCUCCGCCUAGCUCCAUUCAUCCAUCUGGGACAGAUCCAUA